AUGGCAACCACGUCGUCAGACUACAAGCCGCGAGCCGCGACCUCGAGCCUCGAAUUCUGGCGACCAGAGCUCUGUCCUGCAACUCCUAGCCCGGACCAAGGAGACGGCGACCUUCACGGCGAGUCGAGCACCACGGACAGAGGGGCAGCCGGGAGCAGGUUCCGAGCACACUCUAGUUUCAGCGACCAGCUGGGGCUGAGGCAUCAUACGCCCCGGCAAAACGCACGCUUCCUCCAAACAAUCAGAAAUGGCUUGCCUACUUCCACCACCAACCCACUUCUUGCCUUUGCUGGCUCACCUGCUGCCCCCAACAGAUUUCUCUUUGCCCUUGUUGGCUUGCUUUUGCUCGCUCUCUUCUUCCCCGCAGGUUCGUCUUCUGCUCCCGCCAAGCAGCGCCCUCCCCCGGCGAUCUCACUCCCUUCUCCCGCCAUGAAACGGGAACAUGACUCCGGUGAGUUUGAUGUUCUACCUGAAAUGAUAAAUGAGAUGGAGAAGUUUCUUGAGAACCACUUGACUGUUAUAGAACGACUACUGUUGUACCAUGCCUUCAAGGAUGUUCAGGCCCGUGGAAGAUCAAACUUGCCGGAGUCCUGUUCUCCUUCUGCCCACAUCGCAUGGCAGUCAAACCGGGUAAACUUCCUUCCCUUCCAACAUAUUUUUCCCGGUUUAGUCUCCUCAAUUCUCAGUGCAGCACUGAGCAGAUACUGUAAAAUAAACUCAUGGCGGGAGAAGGGAGUGAGAUCGCCGGGGGAGGGCGCUGCUUGGCUGGAGCAGAGGACGAGUCUGCGGGGCAGAGAGCGUGCAAAAGGCAAGCCAGUAGGGACAAGGAGAAAUCUGUCGGGGGCAGUAGGUGAGCCAGCAAGAGAAAGGAGUGGUGGAAAUAGGCGAGUUGGUGAGGCAUAG